AACGCUACAUGCCCGACGCCCAACGUGGUUCACAACUCAGUCUGAUUUAUUUUGAAUGAAACGUUAACAAAUCAUUUUUUUUUUUACUAUAACGAACUGUACAUUUCGACUGCAUCAAUAAUGGAUAGCAUAAAAGACGGAUGGUUCACAGAAACGUGUACGUUAUGGCCUGGACAAGCGAUGAGUCUGCAAGUAGAAGAGGUUCUUUACCAACAAAAAUCAAAAUUUCAAGAUGUCAUGGUUUUCAAGAGCAAAACCUAUGGAAAUGUCCUUGUGCUGGAUGGAGUUAUUCAAUGCACAGAGAGAGAUGAGUUUUCCUACCAAGAAAUGAUAGCCAACCUACCUCUGUGCUCCCACCCUUGCCCCAAAAAGGUCCUGAUUAUUGGUGGGGGAGAUGGUGGUGUCCUGAGAGAAGUGGUAAAGCACCCACUUGUUGAAUCAGUGGUUCAGUGUGAAAUCGAUGAGGAUGUAAUCAAUGUGUCGAAGAAGUACCUCCCUGGUAUGGCGAAAGGGUUCUUCAGUCCCAAACUCACUCUGAAUGUUGGAGAUGGAUUUGAGUUCAUGAAACAGAACCAGGAUGCCUUUGACAUCAUUAUAACAGAUUCAUCUGACCCUGUUGGGCCUGCUGAGAGUUUGUUCAAAGAGUCUUACUAUGAACUCAUGAAGACAGCCUUACGAGAUGGUGGAAUUCUUUGUUGCCAAGGAGAGUGUCAAUGGCUCCACUUGGAGCUGAUUAAAGAGAUGCGGACCUUCUGCAAGACACUGUUCCCAGUGGUGGAUUAUGCCUACUGCACCAUUCCCACCUAUCCAAGUGGCCAGAUUGGCUUUAUGCUGUGCAGUAAAAAUGCUCAAACCAAUUUUAGAGAUCCAGUGAGAGAACUCUCAACAAAUGAAGUGGAAAGUAUGAACCUGAGGUAUUACAACCCGGAGAUCCACAGUGCAUCGUUCAUCCUCCCUGAGUUUGCAAGAAAGGUACUGAGCGAAGCAUGAGUGGCAUGAUGGACACAUUUUUUUAUCCUUGACCUGAUUCUCUUUGGCAACAGAAGCAACACCUCACCACAGCUGCUGCACCUCUUUUCACGGUCUCCAUCAGGGAGGACUUGGUGAAGACUUGUUAAGUGGAAAGGAAAGGGCAAUUCUGUUCCUUUCAGAGAGAGUAUUAAUUCCUUCCAGUGCUUCCUUCCAGUCUUACAAACUAUUUGUAUUUAUUUGUUCUGGAAUUUUUGUCAUGUCUUGAUUCUUAAUGGUAAUCACUUAUGUCAACAUCUAGUUGGAAAAUGAGGUGGGAGGAAAAACAUUCAUACCUUACUCUUUGGAGCAAUGUGAUUCUAACACAUUAUUAGUAUGGAUUUAAUCAUAGUACUUGGUUGUAUAAAGACAAGAUUACCUCUUAAGAUUAAGGUACACUCAAUUGCAAAACAUGCCCACUUCGGUUUAAAGAAAACCGAUACAAACGUGUUCCUCUUCGCACCUCUCCGUCAAGUCAUCCACCCAAAUAAUUCAAGAUGAUCCCAAUAGUGCCUGGAUUGUGUUUUUCCAUUACAGUAGGAAACAUUUGUUGAAGUGGUUUCUAUCAUAGUUUACCUCCAGGCAGAUAGACGGUAUGAUUUUAUAUUGGUUGAAAAUGAUGUAUUAUCUGCCACAAUGGAAAAACUCAGGUCAGGAGUUGAGAACAUUUCCGCUUUAAAAUGUCAACAGAAGUGUUGAUUGUUUCCUAUAUAACACUUGUUUAGAUAUAGUUUAUUCACCAAUGGAGAUGAAGUUACAUGUGUGGGUUGAUUGAAUACUGAGGAUGUACUGCACAUCAAUUUAGUUGGGUGUUUCUUAUCCUUUGCUAUACAAUCCCUAUAUGUGGUACUAUACGGUUGUUGAUCUAGUAUGGAAUCAUCCAGAAUAAUGAUGUCAAAAUUAUGCCUUUUGGUUUUUAUUUCUUUGGGAUUUGUUAUGAACAUAGGUGUUGUGAAAUAUUGCAAUCUAUAAAUCUCCAUGGAGUACGUAUCAGUAGUGCAUCCAUACUAAACCUAUGUCCAAGGCAAUGGUGUUACACAUGAACAUUAAGAUCAUGUUUUUAUAAGAGUUAUGAAAUAUAAUAAAUCAGUGAGGUAAACUGGA